UUUUCCACAGGCUAACACCGGAAAGAUCCGUUUUCAGCGGUACGGAGAAGGACCUGGAAGUUGUGCAGAGCUGUGGGUGGAUUAACGCUUCUGCUAGGUUUUUACCUCUGUGUGGAUCACAAAACGAUAUAUAAAUAUGUAGUUUUUAUAGGAUUUGGGUUAACUGGAGACUUUCUAAUCUGCGUAAGGAAUUGAGCUUCAUUUAUAUCGGAGCGCAUCGGCUAAAGGAGUGACAUUGCCAUGCCGGCUGGUUCAAACAGCGACUGCUCACACCUGGAGUGUGUUGGAGAGAUCACGACAGAGGAACUCAUCCAGAAGUCUCAUGGCCAGUGCCAGGACUGCAGAGUCGGUGGGCCGAACCUCUGGGCCUGCCUGGAAAAUGGCUGCGCUUACGUUGGCUGUGGAGAGUCUCACGCUGACCACAGCACCGUCCACUCACAGGAGACGCAUCACAACCUAACGGUGAAUCUGACCACGCUGAGGGUUUGGUGUUACGCCUGCGCCAAGGAAGUCUUCCUGGAUAGGAAGCUGGGGCCUGUGACCCCUCCGCCUGGCACUUCUAAGCCUGUCUCACCCGCGUCGGUACCUGGCCAGGAGGCUGCAGUCCCAGGCAGCCCCACCUCCCUGAGAGUGCCACCGACUGUUCUGUGUGAGGAUCUGGACAUGGAGACGGAAGAAGAGGAUGAUCUGAAGACCAAAGGCCUGACCGGACUGAAAAACAUCGGCAACACCUGCUACAUGAACGCAGCACUGCAGGCUCUGUCUAACUGUCCUCCUCUGACCCAGUUCUUUCUGGACUGCGGUGGCCUAGUGAGGACAGACAAGAAGCCGGCGCUGUGUAAAAGCUACCAGAAACUCAUCACAGACCUCUGGCACAAAAACAGGCCUUCAUAUGUCCUCCCCACGAACCUGUUCCAGGGAAUUAAAGCGGUGAAUCCGAUGUUUCGGGGUUACUCUCAACAGGAUUCGCAGGAGUUCCUACGCUGCCUGAUGGACCAGCUUCACGAGGAGCUCAAAGAGCCUGUGGAAGAGCUCGAGGACCAGGACCAGGUGCUGGGCAUGGACGAAGAAGAGCCUAGCGAGCCCAACAAAGCUAACGCCGCCGCCGAUGCCAACGAGGCUGACACGCUCAUCUCAGACGAGGACAAAGCGAGUAAAGAGCGGCAGAAGGAAAAGAACCUCAUCAACGAGCUUCAUCGUGCCGACCUGGACAAGGACGUGGACACCACGGCCAUCGUCAGCAGCCAGGGAGCCGUCAAACAGGCCAAGGCUGCCGACUCCAACACAGAGAUCCAGAUCAGUAGCAGUGCCAGACCCCACAGCCCCAGUGUCAGCGAGAGCAAGCUGUCCACCAGUCCCCCCAAAUCCAGCCCUAUGUGGCCCAACCUGCACCCAGCCCACAAGAAAGUGAGUUCGUUUGCACCGCCUAAGAGCAAACGGCAGAGGAAAUAUCGCAGCGUCAUCUCCGACGUCUUCGAUGGCACCAUCAUCAGCUCUGUACAGUGCCUGACCUGCGACAGGGUCUCAGUCACUCUGGAGAACUUCCAGGACAUUUCCCUGCCCAUUCCAGGGAAAGAGGACCUGGCCAAGCUGCACUCAUCCACUCAUCCGACUUCUCUGGUGAAGGCAGGCUCAUGUGGUGAGGCUUACGCCCCUCAGGGCUGGAUCGCUUUCGUCCUCGAGUACAUCAAAAGCUGGUUCUGGGGUCCUGUCGUCACGCUACAAGACUGUCUGGCUGCUUUCUUCGCUCGAGAUGAACUGAAAGGUGAUAACAUGUACAGCUGUGAGAAGUGCAAGAAGUUACGGAAUGGAGUCAAAUUCUGCAAAGUUCAGAGUUUGCCAGAGAUUUUGUGCAUUCACCUAAAGCGCUUCAGACAUGAGCUGAUGUUCUCCACCAAGAUAAGCACUCACGUCUCCUUCCCGCUGGACGGCCUGGACCUGCAACCGUUUCUGGCCAAAGAGAGCACCGCCCAGACCACCACUUACGACCUGCUUUCCGUCAUCUGUCACCACGGCACCGCCAGCAGUGGUCACUAUGUUGCUUACUGCCGUAACGACCUGAAUCAGCUCUGGUACGAAUUUGACGACCAGAGCGUGACUGAAGUCUCGGAGUCCUGCGUCCAGAAUGCAGAGGCUUAUGUGCUCUUCUACAAGAAGAGCAACGAGGAGGUGCACAGGGAGAGGCGGAAGGUUUCAGCUCUGUUUAACGUCAUGGAGCCGAGCCUGCUGCAGUUCUAUGUGUCCCGCCAGUGGCUCAACAAGUUCCGGACGUUUGCUGAACCGGGGCCCAUCUCCAACCAGGACUUUUUGUGCGUUCAUGGAGGUGUGCCACCCCAUAAGGCUGCGUACGUCGACGACCUGGUCGUCAUGGUGCCCCAGAACGUCUGGGAUCACCUGUACAGCAGGUACGGAGGAGGUCCAGCCGUCAACCACCUGUACGUCUGCCACACCUGCCAGCUGGAGAUCGAGAAGCUGGAGAAACGGCGUAAAAACGAGCUGGAUAUGUUUGUUCGACUGAAUAAGGCGUUUCAGGAGGAGGAGUCCCCAGCCAUCAUCUACUGUAUCAGCAUGCAGUGGUUCCGUGAAUGGGAGAUUUUCGUCAAAGGCAAAGACAAUGAUCCUCCAGGGCCCAUCGAUAACUCCAAGAUUGCUGUGAACAAGAACGGACACGUCACGCUCAAGCAGGGUGCCGAUUCGGGUCAGAUCUCAGAGGAGACGUGGAAGUUCCUGCAUUCGAUUCAUGGCGGCGGGCCCGUAGUGACCAUCCGACCCAGCGUGAGCCACCAAGACCCUGACACGUCUCAGACAGAGGAGAAGAUCGAGGUGGAAACGCGCGCCCUGUAGCGAGCUUAUUCACUCGGAGGAAAAAUCCUUUAUUUUGCACUUCUCGUUUUCAAGCAUUCGAGCACAACCUGCCUCCCCUCAGCACUCUAAUCCACACAUUCCCAAUGAGCAUUCCUUACCGUGGAACAAACGUCUCGGAAUUUGCUUGGUGUUGUAUAUACUGUACUGUCUGUUAGCACUGGUGGGCUAGUUGAUCUGAUCGGAAUAUCAGCUGGCUCAGUAAUACACAUGUACCUUUAAUGUGAUUUAAUGAACGUGUAGCAGCUUGGAAAACGCUUUUGUAGCUGCCCGACGAAGGAAAUCGACUCUUUUCAUGUAACCAUCAGCGAGCUGAUGAAUCGUGACGAAUGUUGUUUGUUUUGCGUGAGCUGAGAAUGUGACUCGUGUUGUGUGUAUAAUCCAAGUACAUUUACAUUAGAAAGAAACUGUUCGUUUCUAACUCUGAAUCGCUUACUACCGUAUUUUCCAGAAUAUAAGGCACUGCCUUGAGAUUAUUUCAUUUACAUUGCCAUAGUGUAGUCAUGGGUCUAAACCUUAUCAACAACUGGUGCUUCAUUUUAAUACGAAUAACAAGUCAGCGUUUGUAAUAUGAUAUAAUACAGUUCCAACAUUUAUAACCUUUGUAACCUUCCUGAACUACUAAUGCAAAUUAAAUUGAAGGAUUUUGUGAUACUAAAUUAAAUAUAAAAUCUUCCCGAUAACAGUGCAGGACAAAACAUUUCAGUGUUUUACUUACGGACCAACGUGAUGGUGUUUUCAGAAACGUUUUUGUCAAAAGAUACGGCACUAUACUGAGCGAUGUAUUGUUUUCCCUUUCUACAGUUCAUAAAUUCCGUUCAUUUCAUUAGAAUUUGUGCUGUUCUCCAAUUUUACAACCGGGAAACCGGUUAAAAUUAAAUAUUAAUUAUAAAUAUUUAACAGAAUAUUACCCAACCAACUAUAAAUAUUCUUAGUAAAAAUAUGUGACAUGGUUUGCAAUGACUGGAGACAGAUUAUAUUAGUCAGAUUGGAUCGAUGUACGUUUGUGCUUGUUACUGAUUACAGAUGCACUGUAAAUAUAGAUUAGCUUCCUGACCGCUAACCUGCACAGGCGAGCAAAACAGAAAGCCAACAAUCCUCUAUAAAGCUAUAUGCAUAAAACUUUGUUAGCAGGAAUUGACUUGGCCUUUUAAAUUAUUAUUGUAAUAUUCAUGUGCACCUACGAAUUGUGAGGCAGCUCUAGACAACAAUAAAACACCCCAGCCCACGAUGGCUCACCAGUUGCCUGACCACGACCGACACUCAAACUGUUGUGAAUCACAGGUUUCUAAUUAGGAGCCUUGAAUUGUAACUAAGUGUACCGUAACUUUUAGAGUUGCACACCUACCGUAAAUAUGUCUUAUAUUCUGGGAAAUAUGGUUAUCUCAGGUAAGAGAGUAUGCAUGCUUCAGCACUGCUGUCUGAUACGCAUAGGUUAUGAAUGUUCAUUUACAUGUUAUUUAUUGCAGAAGGUUAUGCGAUUAGCCUUGAUGUAUAUAGACUUUUUUUUCAUUUAGACCUGGAAAGCUGGACCUGACCUGAUGCUAGUGCAUGCUAGUGAAAAAGUUCUACUCCUAUAGCAUGUAGAGGCAAAUGCUCACUCAGAAUCCACCUCAUGUAUGUAAAAAUGAGCCUCAUUUCAGCUAUUUAAAUGCCUUCAUUUAUGUAUAUAAUUUAUGUAUAAAUUUUUUUUUGCUGACUUGAUGAAGAUGGAUGCUGUAUCUGCUCUGAAAAACGUACUUGAAAAAUGAUUGUUAAUUUUGGUUGGCUGAAAUAAAACGCUGAAUAUUACUGUGGAUAAAUGAAA